CGGAGCACAUGGCAAUGCUUGAAGGGGAAAAAAAGAAUUGUUUGAUUUGAUCAUGAACACCUGGCAAGGUUUCGUAUUCACCGAUCCGAAAGAGAAAGUCUCUGAAUCGUCUGACAACAAAGACAAGCCGCAUGAACAAUCAACACCUGAUCCUGAAGCGACGACAACGGCCAAGGAGCCUGAAGCUGAAUUGGAAUCUGUCAACUGGUCAGAAUUGACGACGCGCUUUGCACAGACUGACAUCGCGCAAGGAACAGAUCGCCAAACUGAACGUCAGCAAGCCUUUCAUACCAGUCGAGCUCCGAUACUUCAUCGUACUUCACAAGAAGCCCAUGAAUUGCGAAGAGCCAGAGCAUUGGAAAGCCAGCGUCAGCAUAGAAAAGACCGAUUGACGGAAGCCCGACGAAUAGUGUUUGCAGCUUUAUCUGACGAAGACGAGAGCGAAGCAACGGAUAGUAACGAAGGCGACGAUGGUGUGAAGGAGGAAAUAACCGAGACUCAGUCGGCUGCAACGAAACGCGGACGCGAUGAAGAUUCGGAUGAUGCAAUGGAUGUAUAUAUGGACUCGAAAAUACUACGCAUCGAACCAAAACGCAAACCGAAAAAUGGUAAACAACGUAAGAAGAACGGGAAUAAACUUUACGCAAAUCAAAUCAUGUAUGCGGAAACCAUGGAGGAUAUUCCCAACGAUCUAUUGGAGAACUGGGUGGUUGUGAUCUGUCCAGUAGGAAAGCGCUGUAUGGUGACAUCGGGAAAAGGACGGACGGUCGCACGCUCCAGAGAUGGUCGUCGAUUUAUGAAUGGGUUUCAAUCUGUAUUACCGAGUGGGUCACCUUCAAAGAGGCGUUCUUCUGAUGUCAGUAUUCUCGAUUGUGUAUACGAUUUUAAGCACUGGACAUUUUAUGUUCUGGAUAUGAUGUGCUGGAGAGACUACUCCAUCUACGAUUGCGAUACCGAUUUCAGGCAUUUUUGGCUCCAGACAAAGAUCACCCAGGAUGAAAUGGAUACCCCGACGUCAGAAAACCGAUUCUAUAGAUUUAAAGCUUUAGCACCUGUCCCUCCUUCAGAAUUGAACCAAAUUCUAGUGGGACCAAAACAAUAUGUCCAACAGCAAGGUUUCGAUUACGAAAUCGAUGGUCUGCUAUUCUAUCAUCGUCAGACCCAAUACAUCAAUGGAUCCACACCGUUGGUCUGUUGGGUUCCACUCGCCGACUUUGAUUCUCUACGCUCACAUCUCAAUCAACAACAAAUAUAGAUGAACAUUAAUAUAUAUACCUAUCAUUUGCG